GGAAGUGGCCUUGGACAAUGGCUAACCCCGCACCAACGGAGGCCUUUUUUUUUAUUGCGGUGUUCUAUUAAAGACGGUUGGAUUUUCUACUUUUUUGCAGUUUCUCCCUUCUUGUCCAGUUUAGAGAGAGAGAGAGAAAGAAAGAAAGAAGAAAGAGAUAUAUUCCACGGGCACACGCGAGUACCUACACAUAAACCUCUACGAUACACAACCACCAUCUUUUCUUUUGAACCACCCGCCAUCAUUUCCAUAUCUGGUUACUAGCGGACGCCUAUCUAUUUCCCCCCCCCAUCCACUCAUCCAUCCGAUUUCCGAAUUCUCGUCCCACUCACCAUAACGCUACGAGUACACUAUCCCCAAGUCCAAAGCUUUCCAUUUCCCAAACUCUUUUUCUUUUGGCAACUUGACAACUCAAUCUCCAGCAAGUCAAACACAGAGGCAGACGACGAUCCCGAUUUCCUUCUCAAGGUCGCACAUCUUCUCAGUAUUUACAAAUUCUCUUUGUGAUUACUUUUUCAAUCUUUCUCAACCGUCAAGAUGUUUGCGACCAAGGUUCUCCGUCAGGCCUCUGCUGCUGCUGCUCACGCUGAGCGUACUCCAUUGAUCAGGUUCAUGGGCAAGAGAUCAAUCCCUUCUUCUAUUGAUCACUCUGCACGACCACAUCCAGCAUCCCCAACCCACGAACUUCCAGCAGGAUUUGUUGAGGCUCAAAAGUCUUCCUCCUUCUCUUCUUACAGACAAAAUGCUCAACAACAUGGUCCACUUGGUCGCAGCGCCAGAAGCGACGGUACAAUCGGUUCUCUCUCCGGUAGAGCUUUAGGCUCCGUUGCUCCAAACAAGGGAGAAUACUUUGAUCGCAGUGAACUCCCCGCACGUUUCCGACGCACUCCGAUUGAUCUUGCCGAGAUUGAUGCCAUUGAGACUGGUGGUGCUACAGUUGUUUGCUAGAUUUGAGACUUGAGAAACGGAAGAAGAAAACUAUUUGUACAUUUAUGGCUGGCUACGGAAAAGUGAUGGAUCGAGGAAGGAUAUACCCACGAAAACGACGGAUUUCAUGAAGAUUCUGUGAUAAGAUGGAUGAAUAUCAAUAAGUUAUCUUUCAAGACAGAGUGAAUAAGCUCAACGUCACUGUUUGGAAGUUUGGGAUGCACAAAGGGACUGUAGCUCGGAUCAGUGGCACGGAAAAGUCGCUUUUAAGGGAGUCGGAGCAUGUAUCAUCUUUCCUAUGGAAAUAAUUUUGAUCUUGAUCUUUACUCUGGAGUAUUGGUUUCUGGAAAGUUUUUGAGGGUGGCUCUCUGAAUCGUCAUGAGAUGGAUGAGUCGAAGGAAGCAAGAAUAUAACAAAUAUUAAACCACAAUAUAUUGAUCACGUGCA